UAAUAAUAAUAAAUAAUUAUUAAUUAAAUAAAUAAAUAAUAUUUAAUAAAAAAAAAGAAGAAGAAAGAGAGAGAUUACAAUCUCACACAAACACACUCAGUCUCAGGAGGAAGAGAGAGAGAGAGAGAGAGUUUGGGAAAAGGGAAAGUUUGGCUAAAAAGUGGGUAGCAGAGAAGGAAUAAUGGGGAAAUGUUUGAAAAUGGUUUCGUUUUCAUGGGGUUUCUUUUGGGUGCGAUGAGAUCGAACUUUUUAUUCUGAUUUAGUACAUGUAAAUUUGUUUUUUUCUUUCUUUUUUUGAAAUAAUAUAAAAUGGGUGUUUAAUUGUUGUGUUGGUUUGGUGAAAGUUUGGAUUUUUUUUUUUUGAGUUGAGAUUUGGAAAGUAGGGUUUUUGGUGAUUUGGAUUGGUUAGUAGGGGGAGUUGGUUUGGGUUUGGGGUUGGGGUAGGAAUUUUUUGUGAUGUUGUGUUUGGGUGUGGCAUACCAUUUGGAUCUAAGGUUUUUGGUUACUUAGACUAAAAUAGCAAGGGAGGAAAUAUGGAAAGGAAGAAGCUUUGGUGGUCUUCAUUUUGCCUUUGGUUGAUUUUGGUAGUUCAUCCUUUAUGGGUGAUUAUGGUAUCUGCUAAUAUGGAAGGUGAUGCCUUGCAUAGUCUGAGGUCCAAUUUACAGGAUCCCAACAAUGUUCUGCAGAGUUGGGAUCCCACCCUUGUAAACCCGUGUACAUGGUUUCAUGUCACUUGCAACAAUGAUAAUAGUGUGAUAAGGGUUGAUCUUGGAAAUGCAGCUUUGUCUGGUCAACUUGUUCCACAGCUUGGCCUUCUCAAGAAUUUACAAUAUUUGGAACUUUACAGUAAUAACAUUAGUGGAACAAUUCCUAGUGAUUUGGGGAAUUUGACCAGCUUGGUUAGCUUGGAUCUGUAUUUGAAUAGUUUUACUGGUCCUAUCCCGGACACCUUGGGCAAGUUGUCAAAAUUAAGAUUUCUUCGGCUUAACAACAAUAGUCUGACGGGUCCAAUUCCUAUGUCCUUGACCAACAUCACCUCACUGCAAGUGCUGGAUCUGUCAAAUAACAAAUUAACCGGAGAGGUUCCAGACAAUGGCUCAUUUUCUUUAUUCACUCCCAUCAGUUUUGCUAAUAACUUAAAUCUAUGUGGCCCGGUUACUGGACGGCCCUGUCCAGGAUCCCCGCCAUUUUCGCCUCCUCCUCCUUUUGUCCCACCACCCCCAAUUUCAGUCCCAGGUGGAAAUAGUGCGACUGGGGCUAUUGCUGGUGGAGUUGCUGCUGGUGCUGCUUUAUUAUUUGCAGCUCCUGCUAUUGCAUUUGCUUGGUGGCGUCGAAGGAAGCCACAAGAAUUUUUCUUUGAUGUACCCGCUGAGGAGGAUCCUGAAGUUCAUCUUGGGCAGCUUAAAAGGUUUUCGUUGCGAGAAUUACAAGUGGCAACUGAUAGUUUUAGCAACAAAAACAUUCUGGGACGGGGUGGAUUUGGUAAGGUCUACAAAGGUCGCCUUGCAGAUGGUUCUUUGGUUGCUGUAAAGAGACUGAAAGAAGAGCGUACACCUGGUGGCGAGUUGCAGUUUCAAACAGAAGUAGAGAUGAUCAGUAUGGCUGUGCAUCGGAAUCUUCUUCGAUUACGUGGGUUCUGUAUGACACCAACUGAACGAUUACUUGUUUAUCCUUAUAUGGCUAAUGGGAGUGUUGCCUCAUGCUUAAGAGAACGGCCGCCACACCAACUGCCUCUUGAUUGGCCUACUAGGAAACGAAUAGCAUUGGGUUCUGCAAGGGGUCUUUCGUAUUUGCAUGAUCAUUGCGAUCCAAAAAUUAUUCAUCGUGAUGUGAAAGCUGCUAAUAUUUUGUUGGAUGAGGAGUUUGAAGCAGUUGUUGGAGAUUUCGGUUUGGCUAAACUUAUGGACUACAAGGACACUCAUGUUACUACAGCUGUACGAGGCACAAUCGGGCAUAUUGCUCCAGAGUACCUCUCUACCGGGAAGUCUUCUGAGAAAACCGAUGUGUUUGGCUAUGGAAUCAUGCUUUUGGAAUUAAUUACUGGACAGAGAGCUUUUGAUCUUGCUCGGCUUGCAAAUGAUGAUGAUGUCAUGUUGCUCGACUGGGUGAAAGGACUACUGAAAGAGAAGAAGUUGGAAAUGCUGGUGGACCCCGAUCUUCAAAAGAACUACAUAGAAUCCGAAGUAGAGCAGCUUAUUCAGGUUGCACUGCUCUGCACACAAGGUUCUCCCAUGGACCGACCAAAGAUGUCAGAGGUGGUGAGAAUGCUCGAAGGCGAUGGCUUGGCCGAGAGAUGGGAUGAAUGGCAAAAAGUGGAAGUACUACGACAAGAAGUCGAACUAGCCCCUCAUCCAAACUCAGACUGGAUAGUAGACUCAACCGAAAACUUGCAUGCGGUCGAGUUAUCUGGUCCGAGGUAACCCUGGCACAAUAGAAAGUGGAAGAAAAAGGGAAUUUACUUACAACUUAAUUUUUUUUUAAUUAAUUAUAAUAGCUUUUUUUUCUUCUUCUUAAUGACCAUAAUCUGAUUAAUGUCUCUUUGUAAGUCCAUUCUGCAUUGUAUUCGUUACAUUUGUGCAUAUGAGAGUCGCAUUGGUAAGGUGCAAAUUUGUAUUGUCUGCUGCAGUGUGACAAAAGCCAUAGAUGUUUUUAUAAUAUAUGAAGCUGUGGCAGUUUUUAUCUUUUGUGCACUGCA